GGCUAAAGUCCCAACAUACCCCAUUCCAAUUCUCCGUGUAGCACUUGUGUUGUAGCUCCAUCUAGCAACUCGAUGAACACAGAUAGAGAAAUAAAAAUGAGCGACGAAGAAGCAAAAGCUGAGCUUGAGAUCUGGAGGUAUGUUUUUGGCUUCUCUGACUUGGCCGCUGUGAAGUGCGCCAUUGAGCUAGGCAUAGCUGACACGAUUGAUGCUAACGGGCAUCCGAUGACGCUCGCCGAGCUAUCAGAUGCGCUCGGGUUGCAACCAUCCCCCCUCCACCGCAUAAUGAGGUUGUUGGUGCAACGCCGCGUCUUUGGAGAGAAACGUGACGAGGCUGGCCAGCCCAGCUACGUCCUAACGCCAAUCUCGCACCGCCUACUGAAGCGUGUUGAUGGUAGCAAGGUGGCUCUCCUGCUCUUUCACAGCGACUCAGACAUGCUUCUUCCAAUGCAUUCGUUGACUGCCCAUAUUCAGGGCGAUCAACGGUUGCCCUUUGAGAUUGUCUUUGGAGAGCACGAGUGGAGUUAUAUGGAUAAACACCCCGUUCAAAGGGAGCUCCUUAAUAAUGCGAUGGCUUGUAAUGCUCAGACAGUGGUGCCUGCCAUUGUGGGCGGGUGUCCUGGGUUGUUUGAAGGGGUGAGUACGGUGGUGGAUGUGGGAGGGGGUAAUGGGACAGCAAUGCGCACGUUAGUGAAGGCAUGUCCUUGGAUCAAGGCCAUCAAUUUCGACCUUCCACUGGUUGUAGGGGGUGCACCUGAGUGCAAUGGUGUUGUGCACGUUGGAGGUGAUAUGUUCGCUGCUAUACCUAAAGCUGAUGUUGUCUUCAUCAAGUGGGUCCUACAUGACUGGGGCGAUGAGGAUUGCAUCAAGAUCUUGAGGAAAUGCAAAGAGGCCAUUCCUGCGGACAAAGGCAAGGUGAUCAUAGUAGAGGCCGUGCUCACAGAAGACGCCGAAGAGGGAGGCCUCAGGGAUGCAAGAUUAAUGCUGGACCUAUUUAUGUUGGCCCACACCAAGGGGAAGGAGAGGACUGAAGCUGAAUGGAAGAACAUUAUCACCAGCACCGGAUUCCGUGAAUACACUAUAAAGCCCAUUCCAGCCAUACAAUCUGUAAUCGAAGUUUUUCCUUAAUCACAUUGUCGAUCACAACUCAUGUUAUUAUGCUUUUGAAUUGCGUGGUUUCUAAUAAACAACAAUAUCGUUUGAAGUGGAUUAAUGACCUAUAGGUCUUAAGAAAUGUAAUUAUGGGCCUGGGGCCUAGUAUUUAUCUGGUUUUGGCCUCUUGGCCCUCGUACGUUGCAGGAAAUGUAGUUAUGGGCCUUGGGCCCAGUAUUUGUCUAGUCUUGGGCCAUAGGCCCACUUGUAUGAUGCACGUCAUAUUAUAAUAAAAAAUAAACCCUAGCAUGAUGUGUUUCAGCCAA